CCCCCUUCUUGUACCAGCACCUUUUGAACUUUUGAGUGUCCGUGCCAGCAUUUUUUUUUUGUUUGUUAAUCGUCGAAGGAUAUACGUCGACGACAUUGUUUUUUUUUUUUGCGCUAGUUCAUUGACAGUGUUGCCAGCGUUUUUGUUUUUCUAGUUAAACCCAACUGUCAAUUUUCUGAUUGCUGUGGUGGGUGCCGUUUUUUUUUUUUAUUUUUCAAGGAAAAGACAUUAGCGCCAAUCUAUUGGCCAUCGUCGUUUGUCGUCAUGACCUGAUCUUCCAUUUUGGAUUCCUUUUUUUUUUUUAAUUUCAUUUUGAAAUUCCCGCCUUCAACUACACGCCAAGGGGGGAAAUUAAAAUUGAACGUCACAACGCCCAUAUUUGUGCGGCCGCAUAACUUGCUGUGGUUUCUCACAUCGUCGUGCAGUGUCGUCCGUCUACGGUUGGUGUAACCGAGACACGCAGACGACCGCAUCGACGCAAUUGUUUGUUUCUGUUUUGUGUGUGUGACGCAAAACUUUCACAAAGAAGAAAGAGAAACAAAAUGGGCAACACUAACUCGUCGCCGCGCUACCGAUCGCGCAGUCCAGAUCCGUCGUCGCUGGAACAGACUUGGAACAACAGCUAUCCGAAAGUCGAGCGCGAACGCAACCGAUCGGCCCGGCAACAACACGCCCAGCAAAAUCAAUCGAAGCAUUUGACCGGCUAUCCGUCGGCAGUUUCCGGUGGCAACGUCAUGGUUAACGGACAUCUGAACGCCAACGCGCACUACGAUCAAUUCGAACAGGAAUGCAUCCAGCAACAACAACAACAGCAACAGCCCAAAAUGCCGGAUCAACAGCCUCUACGGUUCGCCAGAUACGGUCCGGGAGUCGGCGAGGCUCCUGUCCAGCAAGCCAAAAAGAUUCGAGUACUGCCGAUGGCGGCCAACGGCGCUGCUGGCAAUGCGGGAGUGAACGCCGUCAAGUUGAGAGCUACCGACAAUGGUCUGGCGUUGCAAAAAGUCGGCACCCUUCACGUGGCUAACCGCAAGUUAACCGAGUUGAAUCACAACCUGAUGGCCGCCAAUUGCGAGUCGCCCAUUAUACCGACCCUCGUCGUUGCCAACGGUGCGGACGAGAUGCGCAGCCCGACGCCGGAUUACGACCCCAACAACAAGCAGCGCUCGUCCAGCGGCAGCAGGAAGCCGUCCAAGAGCAAGAGGAAUUCGAAAGCCAAAGCGGCCAACACGGCGCCGUCGACGCCGGCCGCCUCGGCCAAGUCCGGCAGCAGCAGCCGAGUCGAUCAGGAACAACAGCCGGCCGGCGGAAGUAAGUCGAGUGGACGCGCCAAGUUGAGGUUGUUCAAAACGAAGUCGACGGACGGCAAAGCGGCCGACUCGGAGAACGGGCGCAUCCGCGCUCGCAGCAUGGAAUACCUGCGUGCCGACGUGGCCGACGAGACGCAGGAAGUGCGUCGAGGAGGCCGGCACAACACGAGCCGUGAAGAUCUCUCCGGCGAUGAAUCUCUGCUGGCCUUCAUCAGAAACGGGCCGGUGACGGUGUUUAGCAGCCAGAAGAAAUUGAACGGCACGAUGACGGACGACGAUGACUGGGAGGAGAUGCAUCCGUCGUCUUCUUCCUUCUCGAGAGUUCCGCUCCAAUCCCAACAGCCGGCCAGCAGCUCCAGCAACAACAACAACAACAACAACAGCAAGCCCCAACAGUUUUAUUUUGGCAUGGCGCCAGGUGACCGGGUGGCUUCCCCUGCCGGCCCGGCCGCCGUUCCAGCCGCCCUAUCGGUCGAUCUUGACGAAGAAAGCCGACGAGUGAUGGAAGAAUUCGACGCCGUCCUGGCCGAAAAUAAAAGCGGCAUCGAUCGCAAAUCUGAAAGUGAGGAGAAGGAAGACGUGCGUCUGCGACAGUCGAUCAGGCGGCCGGCCAAGAGCACCAGCAGCAGUGGCAGCUCCGAUCAGCGCCGACGUCACUCUUCGACCCCUCCGCCCGUCAUCCGCCAUCAUUCGAGCACGCGUCGGGCCACCCUGCACGAGGAUCAACUGGAUCACGACGACGACUACGAUCAGGAUAUUGCGCUGAGUUUGAGACCGACGCUGCCCAAGAAACCCCAACAGCUGCCCAGGUUCUCGCCGUCGGCCGCCUGGAGGGCCCUCGGCCAGCCGUCGGAUCACUUCCACGCGCCAUCCAGCUCGAUCAGCAGCGUCAGCAACAAGCUGAACGCGUCCAGCAGCAAAGCCAGCGACAUGAGCGCCAUGGAUUUGAGCGACGAGGAGGACGAAGACGAAGACGUCAUGGAAGAGCGGAUCGCUAAAAACGCCCUCCGGCCCGUGGCUCCGCACCCGCCUCGCAUCUCCAACGAGAAAUCCGCCGACUCGGGCAUUUCAGGGGACGCGGGCAGUCCGGAUGGCGCGGCCGCGAUGGUAGUCAGCGGUGGUGGCGCCAGCGGACGUGACAAACCGCUGGCCAUGUCUUCGCCGGUGCCUCCGCAACAGCAGCGCAAUCCACUGCAAAACAACUGGACCCCCCAGCAGGACCUGCUGGACGACGACAGCAGCAACAACGGCAGCAGCGAUGGCGAGGCCGUUAGUAACCACGUUCAGCGUCGUUCUCGCAGCGGCUCCUCCUGCUUCCGGGCCAGCAAACGCCAUCCUUCGACGGUCGAUCCGACGCCGCCCAAGAUCAUCCCGAAAUCGCAAAUGUUCAGCGACUCUUCGAUGACGGAUCCAGCGGCCGAUUCGCGUUCCUCUUCCAUGUCGAAGGGCGGGCGCAAGUAUCGCAAACGCAACGAGACGGGCGACGAAGGAGCGGCCGCCGCCGGAGCGCACUGCAUUCCGCAGAAGUACAACAGUCUGCGCAAGUUGAAACGGUCCGUGUCGGGCGCCUUCGCCACCGCCUUCCGCCGCAGCAAAUGUUCGCCGUCCGACGACGACUGCGACAACGACGAUGAAUGCAACGUGCGCCGGAGCGGCCAUCACGCGCCCGGCCCCCAUUGCGAUGACGGCAACUGGAUGCUGAGCCGCAGCGCUCCCAAUUCCGUCCUCAACGGAUCUGGGGGUGAUGACGAUGGAUCGUAUCCGUCCAUCCGCAAACUGCAGAGCCGUUCGGAGGCCGACCUUCUGGCCCAGCAGAAUCACGGGUUCGCCCAGCUUGGACAUCAGUAUCCGGCCUACAGCCAGCCGUCCGUCUUGUCGACGCAGAGGAUCGUCUACCUGCCGCAGUACGAUUCGCGGAUCGUGUCGGCCCAUCAGCGCCAGCCGCGGCUCAGCCGGCCGCUGUCGAUGGAUCAGACGGACAUGAUGCGACGGGCGCGUUCGGCCGACGCCGUCUUCCUGGAAGCCAAAAAGCAAAGCGUCGGCCAGCGGCUGUUUGGCAACGGCCACUCGCCCAACAAGAAAUUCACGUUCCAGUCGACGGUGCGCGUUCACGAGAAGCGUCUGCUCGAGGAGAAACUGUCCAGGGAGGCGGAGCAAAAGGAGCGCAAGCGUCUGCAGGAGACGCUGGCCAUGCAGCGGGUGGAGGAGGAAUUCCAGCGCAAGAGGGCCAGAGAGAAGGCCAACAUCCGGCAGCAGUUGCGCGUCCUCCAGCUGGAUCACUACAAACACCAAGAGCAGCUGAUGGUGUUGCGUCAACAGCAACACCAUCAACAACAGAGGAUCGCCCGCCUCGAUCCGGAAGGAGCCCCUUCUUCCAUUUCGCACCAUCGCACAUCCAGCGAUGAACUUCCUAUCCAACAGCAGCCGAUGGCCGUCAAGAAGUCGGCGAAUGCGCGCUCGGCCGAAGCUGAAGCGCGAGACAAGCGGAAGGAAUCAACUCCUCCGGCAGCGACAUCUUCAUCCGCCCUGCAGCAGCUGCGGAACAAUCGUAGCGUCUCGCAUAAUAUCCGGUCGGAUGACGUUGUCGAUUCGCCCAAAAGGAAGACUCAGCAGCAGCAGCAGCCGCAAAUGGACUAUCGUCGGGAAGUCAUAAACAGUUCACGUUCCCGAUCGGCUGCUACGCCCUCAACCCAAUCUGGAAAUCCGGCCGCAAUAGCACCAGAGGCCGGCCGAUUUCCGGAUCAUCAAACCCGGAUCAACAACAACGCCGAUCGCAAUCUUAAUAACAACAAUAACAACAACAGUGCUACUGCUGCUGCUGCUGCUGUUGUUGUCCAGCAAAAGAAGAAAUCAAACAGCAACAUCUACCGGCGAUUGGCGGAAAUCACUUCGGAAGAGGAGAGCAUUUCUUCGCCGCCUCCCGUCUCGUCGUUAAUGGCCCGAUCCUCCAACAAUUCCUGCGUAUUGAAUAAGCAACAACAGCAGCAGUCGGCAGCAGUGGCUCCUGCUGCACAUUCGAGAGGGCCUUCAUCCGCCGCCGCCGUCCAGCACGUAGUCAGCAACACGAACGGCAACCCAAGUAGCAGCGGCAACAAAGUGAUGACGCAAGAAUUGAGCGAAUACCGCCAAGAACGUCGUGAAUAUCACGAUUUCCGCAGUCCGCGCCUCCAUCAGCAGCAACUGAUUUCAUCUUCCGGUCGAUUUUAUGGAGCAGGACAGCCGUCUGGACAUCGAGUUUUGCCAACAUCUGCAGCGUCUUCGUCGACCUCGUCGAUUUCUAACAAGAUGCAAUCGGAUAAUUACCGCUGGGAUUUCGCUCACGGCGGACGCGGUGGACACCACAUGGCUGCCCAUCCGUCGGCUCAGCCUUCCGUCAUGAAAUCGACACCGACGCCACCGUCGGUUGCAACCUGGCACCAUCACCACCAAGCGCAGCUGUUACAGCAGAAGCCUCAAGUCUUUUCGUCGAGGCAACAGCAUGACUACCACCACCAUCAUCAGUUUUACAAGAUGGCAUCGCCCACGACGGAUGCCGUCAUGAUGCACAGGACGCCCCAACAGCGCCAUCACUAAUGUGGCGAUUAUAUCGAAAUAUUUUAAUCCCCAAUUCCCUUUUUUAAAAAAAAUGAAUACCCGUCUUCCAUUAAUAGCUAUUCAUUUUGUGUGUAAUUUUAGAUAUCAACAGAAAUGUGUAGAUUUUCGCUGUCUUCGUGACGAUCGCAUGAAGUGCCUGUAGCCAAUCAAAAGGAAAAAAAAAAGAAAAAAAAAAGAAACUUGUGUCUGCAAAACGGUGAAUGUUUCAUAUGGUGAAAAAUGGCUUUUAAGAUAAGGUUAAAACAAUUUCAUACUUCCGUUCAACGCCUCUAGCUUUUUUUUUUCCUUCUCUUUAUUCGUUUAUGCAAUAACAACAAAAAAUCAACCCAAAUGAUAAACAGAAAAGAAAUCAGACAUUUUCCUUUGACAGAUUUUUUUGUUUUGUUUUCCCGGAUGUCCUUUUUAUCCCCCUUAUGUUUGACAGUUUAUAUUGUACAGAAUGAUGUUUGUAUACAAUUUUUUUAUUGCAUAUAACGGACCCACUAUCUCCAUUCAAUACAUAUGAAAUCCAUUUCGCUCUAA